AUGCCGCCGCGUGCCACGAUCGCUUUGUUGCUCGCGUCCGCCUGCCAGGGGCGGCCAAACACAGCGACGCGCGUGGCCGAUCCCGAGCCCGCGCCCUCAGGCAAGUGCAAGUGGUUUGACGUGCAAAAGGGCUUUGGCUUCAUCGACGUUGAGAACCAAGAACAGGACCUGUUUGUGCACCAGACCGACAUCAAGGCCAAGGGCUUCCGCUCGCUCGCGGAGGGCGAGGCGCUCGAGUUUAAGGUCUCGCGCGACGCAAAGACGAACAAGCUUAAGGCGAUCGAGGUGACGGGCCCGGGAGGCGACUUUGUCGAGGGCGCUCCGCGGGAGCCGUACUAUGAUGAUGACGGGUACUAGACGACUCGUUCGCCUUGCGGUGCCCGCAGCGCCUCCCCCGCCUCGCCCUCCCUCUCGGUGUCUGAGGUCGGGUGCGCGAGGGGCUUGCCCCCCUGGGGCUGCGCCAAUAAGCCGGCGGUACACGGGUCGGGCUGAGGACGAGUCGUGGUCUCGCAACGGCGCGGGGCCCGGACCCGACUGCUGCACUGGACGGUUAUGUCGAGUGGUGAGAGUGGGGGUGGUUCUGAAAGCCGUGGGUUUGGGGAGCAUGUCGCUGCCAUGUCCGUGAGUCCGUCCGCCGGUGUCUCUGUAUAGCUGUGUACGCCGUUGCGCAAUGCGCAGCGGGGCUGUACGGGGUCUGAGAGCCCACCAGAGCCGUGGCUGUAGUCUCUGUA